AUGAAGAGAGAGCACUUCUUAGAGGUCCAUUACCAAUGUCAAGCCUGUCUGAAAACCUUUCCUGAUCAGAGACUUCUCCAGCACCACAAAUGUCAAGUAUUGACAGCAGCUGAUGAUAAACAAAGCAAAGUGCAGCACACUUGUACUCUGUGUCGAGUUGUUUUCUCUUCCCUUUAUGAUAUUAAUCUCCACCGAUGGUCCAGCCAUGGAGCAAAGGCCUACCGUUGUUUGCAGUGUUCUCGGCUAUUAGGUUCUGUAGCCAAUCUUGCUGACCAUGUUCAUGAUCACAGUAGACGUCCCAGAGUGGCUUCUAAUCAUAGACCUUUCUCGCCUCGUCAUCGACGACAAAAACUUUUGUUUAAUAAACAAAAGAAAAAAGCAACCAAGAAGAAUUUUGAGUCUGCAAAGACCUUCCAGUGUGAUUUUUGCAAUCACAACUUUCCGAAUUUGUCCCUUACAAUGGAACACCGCCGUGGGUUGCACAAGGAAGCCAAACUGACAUGCAACUGCUGCCAGCAGACAUUUCCUGACAGCACACAUUUGGGCCAACAUUUAGCUCGAGCAUCUGAGGAUCAGGUUAGUCUGGACACAGAGAUGACUGACACUGCUGCCAGUGGCAGCAACAAGGAAGAAGCAGACAUGGGAAAAGAAUCCCCAACAGUGGAGUUUCCUUCAAGUGACACUGAUGUGGCUCCUGCUUCAUCUCCAGCAACUGAGAGUUCUGCUACUCUUGAUAUGUGUGACUAUACUACGACUGACCAAGACCCAAGAACGCCUUGUAAGAAGACUCAGAAAGUUGAGUCUCCAAAGGAAGUACUUGAAGCACCAUCACCUGUGAAACCCCAAAUUGAUACUUUGCCUCUUUUAAGCAAAUCCCCAAAUUGCCAUGUCCAAAAUCAAUGUUCUGUCUGCAAGUCAAUGUUUACUCCAAAGUCAACAGAACCUGAGCAAGGUAUGUGUCCAAAAUGUGUAGCUAUUUCAAAUACAAACACCUUACAAGAGAACAAGAAUGAACUGCCACCACCAACUCCUGUCGUGGAAUCUUUGCCAGAGAAACCCAAACAAGAAGUGACCAAAAAGGAACCUGAUAGCCAUUCUGCUAAGGAAGAUUUAUUAAAUGUCCCAGCUGCAGAAGGACCUUGGGAUCCAAGAAGUGAUGAAGAGGAAGAUAUAUCGGAAGAUGCAUCUGCUGAAUCUAAAGACCCAAAGAAGAACUAUGUGUGUGACUUUUGUGAGCAGAGUUUUGGGUCUGUUACCUGGGUGAUGCGACAUCGCAAAAAGCAUGAAGAAGCCCAGCUGAAGUGCAACAAUUGUCAAAUAAAAUUCCUGCAGUCUUCUGAUCUUGGGCAUCAUCUGGCUGAAUGCCGGCAAGAAACGAGUUCACCUUUCUGUUCUACCACCUCCUUAUCUAAUAAUGCCUGCACGUCGACAGUGCCCCUCCCUGUUGAGAAAACCAACGGCAAAUCAUUUGUUUGUGAUUUCUGCUCCCAAUCUUUUGCUUCUGUGUCAUGGGUCAUGCGUCACAGGAAGCAGCAUGUUGAUGACUUGGGCAAUUAUUGGUGCCGGGUGUGCUUUGAAACUUUUGACAAAUCAGCUGAUUUUGGCCGGCAUUUGGCAGACUGUGUGGGUGUAAGGAAGACACCUGUCCAAAGUUCUCGGGUAGUGGCAGAUAGAAAGGAUACAAUUGUGAAAGCUACAGUUGAUAAAGGAAAGGAGGCUGAACAAGAGAAUGGAAACAGUGUGCUAAAACGAAGGUUUCGCUGUGAUUUUUGCUCCCAGAGAUUUGCCUCGAUACGCUGGGUCAUUCGUCAUCGUCAGCAGCACACAGAUGACUGUACCUGUCAGAUCUGUUUUCUUACAUUUGAUCGCACCGUUGAGUUAGGUCGCCAUCUUGCAGCUGGAUGUGCAUUGGUUGAUGAUGAGUCUGAAACAGGUGCUGUGAAGUCGGAUUCAGACUCUAAGGCUUCUAAACCUGAUGGUCCAGAAAAAGAAUCCAGCCAUGAUGGUAUGCAACCAGAAGCAUGUCGAUCAUUCGAGAGCAAAGACGAGAGUGUUGUUUUUCCAUGUGAUUUUUGUUUACAGAGCUUUGCCAGCGGCAGGUGGGUGAUACGACACCGCAAACAGCAUGAGGGAGGUGAAAAUUUGACAUGUCAAAGGUGUCAAGCCAAAUUUAACAGGUCGGUAGAAUUGAGUAAGCACUUGUCAGUUUGUCCCAAGACACAGGAUAUAUCAGUUGCAAUGUCUCAGUCAUCUGUUACAACAGCUGAAGGAGCUGAAGAGGAUGGGAAUGGGAGGAGUUUUCAGUGUGAUAUCUGUGGUCAGAAUUAUGCCUCAGCCCGCUGGGUAAUGAGACAUCGGCGAAGUCACAACUCUUCUGAAUUUCCUUACGUGUGCCGCAAUUGUAAGUGUUCAUUCAAUAGAUCUGUUGAGAUAAGCCAGCAUUUGAGAUUGUGCCAUAACUCACCUACUUUAUUAAACACAGCUGACCAGAUCACAAGAACUGGACUAGGAACCUCCACUGAAAAUCCCAACACACACAAUGACACUAACCCAAUUUCAGACCAGUCAGUACAAGACAAUAAUUCUGAAAAUUCUUUCUUAAACAAGGUUGACUUGAAUGCAAGCGAUACACAACCAGUAAAACUAAAUAAUGAUCAUUCUUUGCCUGCUUGUGUUAAAGUUGAGAACUUUGCAGCAGUAUCUACGCCUAUUAAUCUUUCUUUGCGUCCUGAUUCUGCAGAUAAAACUAAAAAGAGUCCUAAAGAAUCUUUGAAAGAACUAUCAGCACUCGAUUGUUCCAAGAAGCUUGACAGCCUUGGAAAGACAUCCUCUCCAGUUGACUUGGUCCAAAGGAAAAAAAUUAGUAGCAUGAUCAAGAAAGAAAAUGAAAACAAAUUAGCUGAACCCACCUCAGAUAAGACUCAGUAUUUAAACAGAACUAAUAUGGAAAAUAAAUCUCUUCCUCCCAAAAUUCCAGAAGGCCAAUUCCAAGUUUGGCAAGAACCCAAUGUUAGACCAACUGGAACUAAGUUUUCCUGUGACUACUGCCCCAGUAAAUUUCCUGAUGUUAUCACCCUGCUCUCUCACCGUCGGAAGCAUUCACUUUCAACUAGCUGUCAUAGAUGUGGAAAAAAAUAUGAAAAAUGUAUUGAGGUAUGUCAGCACCUUGAACGAUGCUGCUAUGCCAAUUCACAAGCAAGCUCGUCCACAAGUCCGAUGGUGCCAAAGCAGUACUACUGUGAUUUCUGUUUCAAGACUUAUGGUGGAAGCAAUUGGAUAAUGCGUCACCGUCGCAAGCAUACAGACGAAAAAGAUUACACUUGUCGUGUUUGUAAGUUUUCAACCAAGGGAGCUGGCUUUAUGGCACGACAUCUUGCUUCCUGUCGGUGGAUAAAAGCAAAUCUCAUAAACAGUGGUUUUCAACCCAAGAAAAACAUUUCAAGUCCUUUUGUCUUCCCCUCAUCUUCAGCUGUCUCUUGUGACUUUUGUUCUGCUUCCUUCUUAUCUGUUCAGGAACUUAUCCAACACCGAAAGUAUCACACACCUGAAGAACUUACAAAGUGUCAGCAUUGUGAUACAACACUAAUCUCCCCAAAACAGAUGGCAAACCACCUUGCCUGUUGUUCAGCCAAUCCUAAUAAUCAAAAAUUCUUAACGACAAAUCCCAACCGAAAUGGAAUUAUUAAACCCAGAGACUUUAAAAUGAAGUACCAGUUCAAGGAACAGAGAGCAAGAGUCGAUUCAGAGAAGGUCUUCACCUGUGACUUUUGUGGCCAAGGAUUUGCUAGCUGUAGUAUGGUGAUGCAGCAUCGACGUUUUCACACCAAGGAGUUGGCACAUGUGUGCAGAAAUUGUGGCAAUUUGUUUGCCAUUUCUGAAAUGGGCAUGCACCUAAGUAUUUGCAAAAAGCGGUCCAACUCUAACCAAGUGUUACCAUCCACUGACUCUCGACCCCUGUCGGAUGGGGAAGCGGGUGUAUUAGAUUUGAAAAAGAAAUACACAUGUGAUUUCUGCAGUAAAACAUUUGACACUUCAAACUGGAUUUUGCAACACAGACUCAUUCACACAUCCAAUGUGCCUUACAAAUGUUACCGAUGUGGCCAAAUUUUUGAUUUAGCACGUUCUAUGGCAGAUCACCUGACAACUUGCCACCUGUCCUCAGCAGGACAAGUGUCUAAGCUUCAUGUGCCCAUUUCUGACAAGAUGACAUAUUUGUGCGACCGCUGUGGUGGACAUUUCCCCCGCACAGAAGUAAAACGUGCCACUGAAGCAGUGACCUACCGUUGCCAUUAUUGUCUGAAACAGAACCCUGUAAAUAGCAUCAUGGACCAGAAAAUGGAUGGCACUUGCGCACAUUGUGUAGCUGGAUUUGACAGUCCUGCAAGUCUGCAAGAUCAUCUUAAGAACUGUACAGCGAACAAGAACCGCAAUGAGUUUUAUGGCAAUCAGAAGACUAUGUCAUCACGGCUAGAUGAACCUGGCAGGCGUCUCUCUUCAGCACCUCCGGCUCAUUCUAAAAUUGUCGAGCCUUGCUAUUUAGAACCCCAGGACUUAUCAAUUAGCUCUUUCCGGACUUUUACCCCUUCUUCAGCAAACAGGUUCUCAGCUACUUCUCCGCGUAAGAGUUUCACCCCAGAAGAUCAUCAGCAGAAUUCACUUGGUGGUUCUUCGCUUAUUGAGACUCCAAAAAUGUACCAAGAGAAAAUCUACAUCACUCAAGGCUCAUUUGAGCGCACGUCACGUCAUGAGCAAAUGACAUGCACAGUUCCCCUGACAGAUUUUGAUAACCACAAUUCUGUCUGGGAUGGAAAUCGCAGACAAUUUGAAAAUCAGUCAGUCUCAGGGAUGCCAACAGACUUGCGAGUUGAAGCCAAUGGCCUAAAAGAGCCAGAGAAACAGAAGUUAAGUCCAAAAGAGAAAGACAUUAAAGAACAGAAAACAGAAAUAAAUGGCAAAGAAUACAACAAAACAGAAAUGAUACCAUCCGACCACCCGUCUUCCAAUAACUCAAGCAAAAAUGCUAAGGAAAAGUUCACCCAGAGCUUAAAUCUAAUCAGUAAAAAUUCCAAGUUUCCAUGUGAUUUUUGUGAGGCUGCCUUUGCCACAGACUCUUCACUGUUGUCGCAUCGCCUUACUCACGUUGAUGAGAGUAGUCUGUGGUGCCGUCUUUGCCACCGGGCAUUCACCAACUCUUCUGAUUUUGUAUGUCACCUGACCUGUUGCAAGAUUCAGCACAAGAACACCAACAGUUUGUGGCAAUCUCCUUCCCCAAACAAAAAAGAACCUUACAGGUGCGAUUUCUGUGAUAAAAGUUUCGCACACAGGCAUGCAGUGAUGCGACAUCGUCAGGAACAUGAACAGGAGGAAGGUAUAUUUCGGUGUCGGAGGUGUGACUGUGUUUUCUACACAUCAAGUGUGUUUGUCGGUCAUCUAUCAAUUUGCAUGUCUCGUAUUUCCUCUAUGCCACCAAACCGGAGUCGGGCCACUUAUUGGUCAUCAUAUGGCAAGAAUGGAUACAUUGGCUCCUGGCGCCGUUUAGUCUCAACUAACAGAGAGAAGACUCAGAAGUUGUACUACUGCGACUUUUGCCGGAGGAGGUUUGGAGGCAGCAACUGGAUCAUGCGUCACCGUCGAACACACAUAGAUGGAUGCAACUACACAUGCCAAUUGUGUGGUUUGGUAUUUAAGCAAGCUGGUUUAAUGGCUGACCACUUGUCUCAGUGUUAUUCCCAGUCACCUGGGCGGGAGACUCCAAACCGUGUCAAGUCAUCUGAAAGUGAAUCAGCUGCCUCUUCGCCUAAAACAGAAGAGUUCACUGACAGAGAUUCUCAGAAGGAAACAGAUGGAAAGAAGCAGCUGGUUCUCUCUCCUUACCAGUGCAAGCACUGCAGUUUUUUAUUUGACACCAAAGAAGACUUGGAAAGUCAUGUUUCCUCUUGCAAUAAAUGCCAAGAUUCUAAGCCUCUGUCAAUAAUGAAUGAACAGCAGCAGAAUCCUGAAGCAAAGAUUAGCUUUGAAAUGCCUGUCUUACCUCCACCAACCCCUGAUCCCAUGUCUCCAAGUUCUAACCAAACCGAAUUUCCUUGUGAUUUCUGUGGUAAAUGUUUCCUUGGUGCAAGCUGGAUUUUGCGACACCGUCAAACCCAUGUUGCUGACCCAAGUGACCUCAAGUGUCAACAUUGUGGGCAGGUUUUUGAUAAUCCCCCAUCAUUUGUGUCACAUCUGAUUUCCUGCUUGAAGCCAGCAGAUUGUUUAGCAAUUCAGAAAGCCUUUCUGUCCAAGUCUUCCAGCUCGGUUCACAAGCAGGAGGUGGAAUCGGGAAGUGGAUCUUCAGAAAUUGAAGACAGUACUCCCGUUUCCUUCACAUUUGAAUGCUGCAGCCAGACAUUUAGCCAAGUGGCUGACCUAACUGCCCAUAUAAAGACACAUUCUAGGCGACCAUCAACCUGA